UGGACUUCUCCUUAAACCAAUCGGUUGCUAGAACAUGAGUGGAGUUUUCCACAAAUUGCACUGCAGUAUUCUUCUAUGGGAAUGAAACCGUAUAGUAAAAUAAUAGAACGCUGCUGACCGAGCGACAGUCAUCGGAAGCCCUGGAUUGUGAGCAUUGGAAAACAUGUUACUGGACCUCGUGAACACAGAUCCGCAUAUUCAAAGUGGAUAGAUGUCACUGCUGCAAUCCAAUUUGAAUAUAAUCAGUGCCAAUCAUCGUUGUUGGAGAAGUGGACCAUCCCUUUUAUUCCACCUGUUGUUCCCCACAUGAGAAAAGAUGGGGAAUAGAUUAUCUGAACCACAGACCUUCCUCUCGAGAAUCCCCUUCUUUCAGUCGUUCCAUAUCGCUAUUUUGGGACUGGACUCUGCAGGUAAAACGACUGUCCUGUACAGGUUGCAGUUCAAUGAGUUUGUCAACACCGUGCCUACCAAAGGCUUCAACACAGAAAAGGUCAAUGUGUCUUUGGGCGGCCACAGGACGGUGACCUUCCAUUUCUGGGACGUGGGUGGUCAAGAGAAGUUGCGUCCAUUGUGGAAGUCCUACACACGCUGUACCGAUGGAAUUGUAUUCGUGGUGGACUCUGUAGAUGCCGAACGCAUGGAGGAGGCUAAAACAGAGCUCCAUAAAAUCGCUAAGACCGGAGACAACCAGGGAGUGCCACUGCUGGUGGUGGCUAACAAGCAAGACCUGAGGCACUCUCUAAGCCUGGCGGAGAUUGAAAAGGCACUAGCGUUGAAGGAACUGGGCCCUGGCACGCCUUGGCACUUGCAGCCCACCUGUGCCAUCAUAGGAGACGGACUGAAAGAUGGCAUGGAGAGACUCCAUGACAUGAUCCUUAAACGGAGAAAGAUGCUCCGCCAACAGACGAGAAAGAGAUGAUCAAGGAGGGAACUGAAUCUCUUGUUUUAAAUGAAGGACAAAAUUAGAUGUUCUCGCACCUGGGUGGAUAUAGGAAUUCUCCCAUAGGCUCGGCACACUGAGUUUUAUCAGUCAAUGUUAAACUGUAGGUUCUCGUGUCUCAGACAGCAAAUUCUCUUGCUUCAUCUUCAGUAUUUGUUCCUUUUUAGUGGUUGAGAAAGCACUAUGAAGGUAAAGGAUUUGUGGUUUAUGAUUUUAUAUAGGAAUUUUAAGUUGUCGUUACAAAGAAGGGUUUUGAUCCUUGGUAGUAGACCAUUAGUAAUGGCUACUUCAGAAUUGAACACCAAAAAUGACAAGUUUGAUGAACAGAAAAAAGAAGUCACUUUUCUUUACAAAGGUUAGUGGAAGGAUAACAAACGUGGUCUUCCUCAAAGGGAACUUUUGAACCUUGUAAGCUACUUUUUAAUGUUGUACCAUUUUGUAUUAUUUUUUUUUACAGUUUUCUUUCUUUCUCAAAAGGAAGGUACGGUCUUGCGCUUCUUGUCUGUCUAGUGUACCUCUGUCUGUUUGUUAAUGCACUUUCGAUUACUUUUUUGAUGAUGGGGUUUACAGCCUUGAGGUUUCCCAAUAGAGCUUUUUACACAAAGAGUUUAGUUGCUUCAAAAGAAGCCAACUGUACUGGGUCCCUAUUGACCACAUGGACAAUAGAUGGGAUUUGUGUUUCAUCUUUUCAUCUUUAAUAAAGCCUCUUUACAGCA